AUGCACGUCCUCUCCGAACCCGACGUCUCCAAGGUCUUCCGUGGCCUAACCAAAGAGCAAUGCCACACCUUCAUCAAAGCCCUGGGAAAUGCCCUGAUCAGCAUCUCACAGGAGUCCAAACCCUCAUUCCCAGAAUCAGACAAACAAAUCCACCAACCGCUCCGCACUGUCUUCACAACUAGCAAGAACAAUAGUUGCAUCUUCAUGCCAAUUUCCGACACCGUCUCAACAGGCAUCAAAGUAGUCACCGUCGCCGCAGGCGGUAUCCAAGGCGUCAUCAAUGUCUUCAACCCAGAAGGACGCCUGCAGGGCCUGCUCGCCGCCGCAGAAAUAACAGCCUUCCGCACUGCACUGGCAACAAUGACUCUCCUUGUUCGAGUGCCCAUUCGCAAAGAUAACAUCCUUGUCCUCGGCUCUGGCCGUCAGGCAGAAUGGCAUGCCAGACUUGCAUUGCUUCUAUAUCCCGAGCAAGUCCGUCGCGUGACCUUUGUGAAUCGCGGGGCGAAAAGACUCGCAGAGAUGGACCGAGACGUGAUCGCCGAGUUGCGGGGUAUUUAUCCCGAUGUUACUUUCUCCACGCUGGCAAAGGAAGGUGUCAAUGAUUAUCAAGCCAGACUUGGAGAGGAACUUGGAUUGUCGGAUGUGAUUUUCAGUUGUACGCCUUCUAUUGAGCCGAACUUUGCGUUUGCGGAUUUGCAGACUGUGCCGAAGCAGAGGUUUAUCUCGUUGAUUGGGUCUUAUAAACCGCCUAUGCAUGAGAUUGAUACUGAGACACUGCUUUCGGGUGGGAAGGUUUAUGUGGAUUCUAAAUCUGCUUGUCUGGAGGAGGCGGGGGAGUUGAUUACUGCUGGCCUUGGGGAGGGGGAUUUGAUUGAGAUGGGUGAUCUUUUGGGGAGUUCGGGUGUGGAUGAGAUGGUGGAGGUUCCUGAUGGUGGGAAUGUGGUCUAUAAGUGUGUUGGUAUGGGGUUGAUGGAUCUUGUUAUUGGAAAGAAGGUGCUUGAUGUUGGGGGUGAGAUGGGGCUUGGGACUCAUGUGGCGGGUUUCUAG